AUGUUUCUCCAUGUGCAUCCUCGCUCUCAGAAUCUAACCUUCAACUUCAGCGAGCCUUCGGGGGAAAUGUUAGGACACUGUGGAGACAUGAUGGCAGGUAUUAUAGCCUGGGCUUCUCUCAGUGCUCUCUUCUCUCUGGUUGGAUGUCCUGCAUGUGUUGCUGUUCUCUGGCAACUGUACCGAAGACACAAAGCAGGAACCCCUGUCACCCCCAACGACGUCUUCAUGCUCAACCUCACCAUCAUGGACUUGGUCUUCUUGCUUUUUGUCCCAUUCGGGGUGUGUAACUUCAUCAUGUGGCACAUGACGACCGUUCAGCUGUUGAGCAAUUUUCUGUAUGCCUUGAACCUGGCUGGACGACCUCUCUUAACAGCGUGUAUCUGUCUGGACUGCUACCUGGCUGUGGUCCAUCCUGUCACCUACCACGCAAGGAAGAGUCUGACUCCCAGGUUCCUCAUGGCUGCCGCCGUGUGGACCGUGACAGUGGCUCAAGGAAUCGCGUCCACAGUUGUCGAGGAGCUGAGCCACAGCGCCUGGGCCAUGUUCGUGUACGUCAUAGCGCUUCCAAUCAUUGUCAUAUGUGAUGUCUCCAUCCUCAGGACGCUGAAGAAGUCCUUCCAUGCAGGGGGAGACCUCCACCCCAGGAAGAAGAAGGCUCUCCAGAUCAUCACCAACAGCAUGGUCAUGACCGUCACCUCGUAUGUCCCUCCGGUAGUGGCUUACAUCCUGGGCGAUCUGAUUAUCAGUGAUGACAAAGUGUAUGAAUGCUUUUUAGCGAUACCUAUCCUGAUAAACCCGACCGCAGGGAGUGUGAUCAUGCCUUUGCUCUAUUUGGAGAAUCUGGGGAAUUUGAAGGGACCCUGCUGUUUGGUGUAA